AAUAUAAUAUGAAUGAAACAAUAAAAAAUCUUACAAAUGAUAUUCUACAAAUGGCCUCAAUUCAAUUCAAUAAUAAUAUAUCAUUGAUAACAUCGACAAUUUUAAAUGUUACAACAGCAACAAUAACAGCAGCAACAACAAUAAUAACUAAUAAUACACCUACAACAAUUAUACCAACAAUAGAAUCAACAUUAGCAUCAGCAGCAACAACAACAGAAAAUUCUUCAAUAAUUAAUUUUCCAUUUGAAUCAUCGAUAGCAGCAACAGCAACAGCAGCAAUAGCAGCAGUAACAACAAAUGGUAUAUCAAAAAUGUAUGAUAGUAUAAAAAAUGAAUCAAUUAAUAUAUUACAAAAUGGUAGCGGUGGUGGUAGUGUUGGUAGUAUAAGUAAUGUUGGUAGUGGCGGUGGUAGUGGUAUCGGUAUUAUUGAUACAACACAAUAUGAUAUUAGAUCAUCAAUACAACAUGAACAUUAUGAUGAAUUUAAAUAUCCAAGAGAAUUUUGUAAAGAUAUCGAUUCCGAUAAUGUUACAUAUUUUAAUGUAUCAUGUUUAUCACCAGUCGAAUAUAGUAUAUUAUUAAAUGGUUAUAUAACACCAUUUUUAUUACCAAUAACAGUAACAGCGAAUACAUUAAUUGUUAUUGUAUUAAAUAAACGUAAUAUGGCAACACCAACGAAUUUUGUUUUAAUGUGUAUGGCCUGGUGUGAUAUGCUUACAGUAUUAUUUCCCGCCCCAGGAUUUUUUUAUAUGUAUUCAUUAGGGAAUCAUUAUAAACCGAUUACCUCGCCUGUAGCUUGUUACGCUUUUAAUACGUUCAAUGAGACUAUGCCGAAUCUAUUUCACACGGCGUCCAUAUGGUUAACAGUAGCAUUAGCAGCGCAUAGGUACAUAUAUGUUUGUCAUGCCCCAAUGGCGAGAACUUGGUGUACAAUGCCAAGAGUAAAACGUUGUACAUUGUAUAUUUUUAUAGCAGCAGUAUUGCAUCAAAGUACAAGAUUUUUUGAUACGACAUAUAGUGCUGUUAAAAUCAAUUGGAAUAAUACAACAGUUUUAACAUGUAAAACUGAUGGUGCUGAAUGGGUAAUAGCUGUUGGUGAAGAUUAUUAUUAUUGGUUUUAUUAUACAUUUAGGGUAUUUGGUGUACAUUUAUUACCAUGUAUAAUACUUGUAACAUUAAAUAUAUUAUUAUUUCGUGCUAUGAAAUUGGCACAAGAGAAACGUGAAAAACUUUUAAAAGAGAAUCGUAAAAAAGAAUGUAAAAAAUUACGUGAUGCUAAUUGUACAACAUUGAUGUUAAUUGUUGUUGUUACUGUAUUUUUAACAGUUGAAAUACCAAAUGCUGUAUUAACGGUAUUGCAUAUCAUAUCAGUAUCAUUUUUUGAUUUUUUAAAUUAUGAAGUUGCUAAUUUAUGUGUACUUUUUAUAAACUUUAUAUUAAUAAUUAGUUAUCCAAUUAAUUUUGCAAUUUAUUGUGGUAUGUCAAGACAAUUUAGAGAAACAUUUAAAGAGAUCUUUAUGAAAAAUGGUAUUAAAGCAUCUAAAGAUAGUUCAUCAAAAUAUUCAUUAGUUAAUGGACCAAGAACAUGUACUAAUGAAACAGUUCUUUAG